UUGCCUAGGGCGUGCGUGGUAGACGAUUACUAAUUGUUAGUGAAGACCAGAUUUUAUUGGGCCACAGCGAGUUUUGGCUUUUUGCCCAGUUAAAGGGAUUGCUUGGCUUUGAGUCUCGAUUUCCUGACAAACCAUCAAGGUCCUCGCCAUUCAACUUUGUAAUUAUGCUUUGAGCAGCAGACAACCAAACACCACCUUCAUCUCAAGCAAUUGGGAUCUAUCUCCCAUUCUGGAACUCAGUUCCACUUCAGCAUCAUGUACGACGAGGGGCGGCACCGCUCCAGAUCCCCAUCGCGGGAUGGCGGGCGCAGUGGAAGCUAUCGCGACCGCGAAUAUCGUCGCCCUGAUGAAAGAGGUGGCGACUACCGCCGCUCGAGGAAGGAUUCUCCAGCGCCUCCUUUGAGGAACCUCAACUACGACGACGAUGACCAGGAGUAUUACUCGAGACAAGCUGUCGGGAGCCUUGGCACUGGUGGCGACCCAGAUCGCGGACGGUAUCGGGGCGACAGGCCUCACAGCGGUGGACACCUACCACCGUCUGGUAGCGCGCCGUCGGACCGUUACGGGCGAGGAGAUAUCGAUUUGGAACGUAGUGAACGUUUUUCACGAUACAAUCUAGAUCGCGAUGUGUCACAAAGUCGGCCAUCUCGAGAUAGGAAUCCUGGUGCUGGGCGUGCGGGUGGUUGGGGUCACGGUCGUGGGGAGCACAGCAGUGCGGGUUCGGGCUUUGGCUCGUCCAAAGUGUUGAUUCUUGAAGGUCUCACUGAGGAUGCCACCGAGCGCGACGUCCUCUACGGUCUCGACUUUGUAACCCGAGACCAUCAGUUCUCGAGCGAUCAAGUGAAGCUCGUUCGAUUACGGUACGAUCAAAACGGUCAGCGGAUUGCAGCUGUCGAAUUCCAUCGUCGAUCGCAGGUCGAAGACUUUCUGGACCAGUUCUAUCCGGAAAUUUCUUUUCCACUUCAGCAUUCCCGCGGGAAGGACUCUGAGUUCUUCACCUUCGGCAUUCAGGACCCUAAUUACCGCGACGACAUGCCUGAUCAUCGGGAGUCACGGCGCGGUGGCCGAGAAGGCCGAGAAGAUGAUGGUUGGACGUGUGUAACUUGCCAUGUUGUUAACUACCCCCACCGAGUUGUGUGUUUCAAGUGCAAAACUGAACGUCCAGAGGAUGAUGGAUAUGGAGGUGGCCCAUUAUUAACUGGCGAGACCGACGAGUGCCCCCAGCAGAUGCCGUCUCAAUAUGUCGUAAUUCGCAACCUCGACCGUUCUGUCACAGAAGAGGUUCUGGCCAAAGGGGUCAUGAAGUUAUUUCUGGAGAACCCAGAGCCACCAAAAGAGGCCCCGAGCACCAACAAACUCAAAUCAACGGCACCCACUAAGAGCACUGCCGGCAUGGGCGCGAAGCCUGGCUCGCUGCGUCGUGUUUUCGUGAUGCGAGAUCGCAGAAGCAACGAAAGUUGGAGAUAUGGCUUCGCCGAAUUUGCCACUGUCGAGGAUGCCGUGGCCGCCGUUCAGAAGUUCCAGGCAUCGACAAAGUUCACCAUCGCCUCAAAGCCAGUCGUCGUUGCCUUUAUUCAUACAGGAGUUUUUGUUCCUUCGUUCGAUCCUGUUACACCUGAGAAUCAAGAUCUCUCAUUCAGCCCUAUCUACAAUCCUGCCGUUCGCAUCAAGUACUGGGAUGACCGCGCCUACCCUAGCGUACACGUUGUCACCACCGAGCCUAUCUCUGAGGUGUCACAGCCUGACAAGAGCAACAAUGCCAAUGAUGAUCCAACUAAAAAUGUCUCCAAGACGUUCAAGAAGUUUAAGAAGGACCUGGGAGCUGCUGUUGGUGUCAAACCCAUCAUGAUGCCUCAGAUGGAGUUGUGGGCCAAAAAGUCAGCCGAAUUGCAUGGUUCGAAAGCCAGGGUCACAGAUCCUCCAAAUACCGAUAUCGAGUCCUCCAACUUUAACCUCACGACCAUCCGUGAGUCUGAGAGCACAGAGCCUGACGGUCCAUUUGCGCCUCACUGGGCUGAUCAGUACAUUUCUUAUGCCGACUGGGAGUCGAUGACAUGCGUGGCUUGCGGCUGGAAAGCACCGACGGAGCGAUCAACAGAAGAACGCAACGACCUACUUAUUCACCACGAAGGGACAGCCCAUCUAUUCUACCACGACCCCGAGAUCAAGGACAAAGCCGCGGCUGCUCUCAGUGCUCUUGGCAAGAAGCACCGCACCAUCAUCCGCCGUACUCCUCGUCUCAAAUCUGAACCCCUGCCCAAAUACAAAUCAUACGCAGACUUUGACCGCCUCCGUUGUCUACUCUGCAAGCGCCAAUUUCAAAAGAUGGAAGUAAUCUGGCUACACGAACAGCAAAGCGAACUCCACAAGCGGAACCUCGCCCACCCUAAAGCCCGCUCUCGCGCAGAGGAAGAGUUCAAGAAACUGGGCAAGAAACAAAGAAGCUGCAUUCCCGACCAAGCCUUCUACCGCGAGUGGGAAGCGCAACUUAAGCGUAGUCAGCCCAACUAUCGUGAUCGAGCCUUGGAACGUAGGCAAGCUUUCCGUCAGCCGAAGAAACCCACCAGUCAGCCCAAGACAUCUGUGUUAGAAAAGAGGAAAGAACCUUCUUCGUUGUCCGCAGAGGCGGACACACCGGCCAAGAAGAGCAAAGGGGCGGGUAUGCUGGCCAAGAUGGGGUGGACGGCCGGUGCGGGACUUGGGGCCGAGGGGGCGGGGAGGACGGAUGCGAUUGCGACUGAGGUUUAUGCUCCUGGUGUUGGGUUGGGGGCGGAGGGGAGUAAGCUUGGGGAUGCUGGGGAGGAGGCGCAAAGGAGGACGAAGGGGGAUUUCAGUGACUUUGUGGAGAAGACGAGGGAUAGGGCUAGGGAGAGGUUUGAUCGGUUGGGGUAA